AUGCAUUACCCUUUAUACAAGAAGUCUGUUCGCACUUGGCGAUUGUUCGGUGAAGACUCUAGUGCGGCUAGGUCCUCCGUCGGGAUAUCCGUUGGUGCGCGAUGGGUCGCAGGCUGUGGACGGACUGUCGCAUUCGACUGCAGCCACGGCUGCCUCACCGUGCUCGUAUCCAACGAAACAGGACUCCGGAUGCGGCAACAAUGGCGUUCGGAGACAAGGGGUGAAGUGGAACUCAAUCAAACCUGCAGUGGUGCUGAAGAGCUGACGGGCCAGAUCAAUGUGUCCAGUGCACGGAGGAGACUGCAGAAAAUCGACGACCAGAACCGCGGAUCAGCACGAAUCAAAAACAUGGCAAAUUCCUGUGUGGAGCGUCAGCGCAGUGUCAGUGCAGCAUACGUGGGCGGAAACGUGGCAGGUGCAGCCGUUUCCUGUAGUGUAACAGUCAACGCAGACAUAGUCAUUCUACACUUGAAGGAGUAG